AUUUUUUGCUGGUUUCAACGGUUGUCCACUUUAACGCGGACAGAUUGUGUACUCAGACGUGAGAUGAAAGUGCACCUGCGAAGGCUGGGUUAAAUUUCAAUAUGUCCACUCUCAAGGAACGUAUUGCUGCGCUGCAAGCCAACAGUGGACUUACACCUCCUGGGAACGGAUCGUCACGAUUUUCGACUCCAUCUCCAGGCCCGCAGCACUCGCCGUCGGAAAAGGUGCCUGCGAAUCGCUUGAGCGACAAAAUAGCGCGUUUCGACAAACUUGGCAGGGCACCUCUGCCGAGAAGUGGCUUUGGAUUAGGAUCUCCGCUUUCUCCCGUGCCAAUUCCCCGAAAUACGAGUCAUUCACAAACAGUUAGCUACUGAUGCCAAGCUGACUCGGACCACAUCAAACCGCUUUUCAAGGGAACCACCCGAAGAACAACCCACUUCUCCAUCUGAGCCGCAUCCCUUUGAAACGAUAAAAGCUCGUCCACCAUCGGUUCUCUCUGCACGUAGU